AUGCUGAUGCCCCAGAGUGGGCUGCCCUGGUGGUGGUGGUGGUACUGCUGUGCCUGGUACCGCUGUGGACUGUGCUCCCCAGCCCCCCAGAUGCUGCGCCACCAGGGUCUCCUCAAGUGCCGCUGCCGCAUGCUCUUCAAUGACCUGAAGGUUCUCCUCCUGCGGCGCCCCCCUCCAGCGCCCCUGCCCAUGCACGGCGAACCCCAGCCCCCCGGCGUGGCAGCCAGCAACACCCUUCCGGCUCUGGGUGCCGGGGGGCGGGCAGGCUGGAGGGGGCCUCGAGAAGGCGUGGGCAGGGAGACCCCUCCCCUGCCACCUCUGCCACCUUUGCCACCUUCAGUGGAAGAUGACUGGGGUGGCCCAGCCGCAGAGCCACCUGCCUCGCUGCUCAGCAGUGCCUCUUCAGAUGACUUCUGUAAGGGGAAGGCUGAGGAUCGCUACUCGCUGGGCAGCAGCCUGGAUAGUGGCAUGAGAACCCCGCUCUGCCGCAUCUGCUUCCAGGGGCCGGAACAGGGGGAGCUGCUGAGCCCGUGCCGCUGCGACGGCUCCGUCAAGUGCACGCACCAGCCUUGCCUCAUCAAGUGGAUCAGCGAGCGGGGCUGCUGGAGCUGCGAGCUGUGCUACUACAAGUACCACGUCAUCGCCAUCAGCACAAAGAACCCUCUGCAGUGGCAGGCCAUCUCUCUGACAGUCAUUGAGAAGGUUCAGAUUGCAGCUGCCAUCCUGGGUUCCCUCUUCCUCAUCGCCAGUAUCUCCUGGCUCAUCUGGUCGACCUUCAGCCCCUCAGCAAAAUGGCAGCGCCAAGACCUCCUCUUCCAGAUCUGCUACGGGAUGUAUGGAUUCAUGGAUGUGGUGUGCAUAGGCCUCAUCAUCCAUGAGGGACCCUCCGUGUACCGCAUCUUUAAACGGUGGCAGGCUGUCAACCAGCAGUGGAAAGUGCUGAACUAUGACAAGACGAAAGACCUGGAGGAUCAAAAGGCAGGAGGCAGGACCAACGCCCGGACGUCCUCGUCCAGCCAGGCCAACGCGCCCCCCUCCGGAGAGGAGGCUGCGGGCACCCCUGCCCCUGAGGAAGGCCCUGCCCGGGCGGCCGGCCACCCCUCAGGCCCUCUGUCCGAUCACCACUGUGCUUACACCAUCCUGCACAUCUUGAGUCACUUAAGACCUCAUGAACAGCGGACCCCCCAGGGCGGCAGCCGGGAGCUGGUCAUGAGGGUCACGACGGUGUGA